AUGCCUCAAUCACAUAACCACCAUGGCCGCUCCAGAAGAGCACCACGCUUAUCCUCGGCUCAAAACUCCCACCGUCAAUUCCGUGGUCCCAAGAUUGUCAAGGAAGUUGUGAUAUCCGAAGCUCCCAGCAUGACUGCCUACCGAGCAAGAUUUGAAGCCGGCCGUUCCUUCGAUAUCGACGACGACCUCGAGUUUUGUCCAAACCUCUUGACUUUUGAUGAGGUUUGUGACGAUUCUUCCAUUUCAACAUCCUUCCUUGCUGACCUUGAGAAGCGCCAAUCUGUCACCUCCGGGUCUGAUCGUUCUUCGCUGUCCAGUGGCUCUCCUAGCUCGUCUCCUCUACAAACCCAGAUUCAACCUCAUCAAAUCACUCCCGCUUUGUCCAUUUCCUCUGCUGCGACAUCUGCAUAUAUGUCUCCUCCAAGCUACACCAACAACAACAGCAGCAACCUUAAAAUCCACCAACCCUCCGCUAUUCGCUCGUCCCGCACUAGCGCCAUUCCCAUUGUAAACCCCUCGACCGGCAACCGCAUUGCAAGCCCACCAUCAUCCAUCUCCCCUGGUAUGAUGCAGCAGACAACCAUGUCUCGUCGAUGGUAG